UGUCAUAGGAGCGCAUCGUGGCAAUUGAUCCGUGGCCGCCGUCGAGAGCCUAUGGCCGGGCGUGGCGAGACGAACGGCUGCUCUGGGAUGCCGCGCGAGGCGAAGACAUCCUCAGGUUCGCAAGUACCGCCGCACGGAAGCCGCACUGCAGAGGAGCCGGCGGAUCUGGCGGCCCAGAGGCCAAUCAUGCUGCCCCGACGGCCCUCGAUCGAAUCCGCUCGAUCGAAUCCGCUCGAUCGGUUUCGCAGUCCAGGGCCGCCAGAAUCCAUGGCCGCUCACGUGCGAACUCGGCAAACACCAGCAAUCCCUGGUCGCCGACUUUUGCCCGGCCUUGUCUGCAGAUCUCGCUAGACAAGUAGUUUUCGCCUCGUCUUCCAUCAAACCAUGUCGAGCUGGGCCAUCGUGAUCGGAGCCGGACCUGGUCUGGGUGCGGCUCUUGCCAAGCGCUUUGCCCGAGAGGGAUGCCAUGUCGCCCUGCUCGCCAGAAACGCUGAGCGACUCACGUCCCUCCAGAAGCAAAUUGUAUCUGCCGGCGGCCAGGCCACGCCCUUUGCGUGUGAUGUGACCAGCAAGGAGGACGUCGACCGAGCUUUUGGGCUGAUGAAGGAGCAGUUCCAGCAAAACCGUCUCGAGGUGGCCGUCUACAACACUGCGGCGUUCUCAAUGUCCCCGUUCUUGUCGAUUUCUCCCGAAAAAUUCGAGAGCGACUGGAAAACCAUGACACUGGGAGCGUUCCUGUGCUCACAGAAGAUUGUCGAUCUGAUGGCCAAGCAGAACCACGGGACGCUCAUCUUCACCGGAGCUACGGCCUCGGUUCGUGGAAGUUCGGGAUUCGCCAGCAUGGCUUCCGCCAAGUUCGGGCUGCGAGCGCUGUCGCAAAGCCUCAGCCGCGAGUUUCAUCCGCAAGGCAUUCAUGUUGCGCAUGUGAUCAUCGACGGCUACAUUGACACCGAGCAACUCAACAAGACCUUUGGUCCCGGCGAGCCCGGCACUCGAUUGGACACCGACGCCAUCGCCAACGAGUUCUGGAAUCUUCACAGCCAGGACCGCUCGACCUGGACCCAAGAGCUGGACCUCAGACCGUUCUCUGAGAGCUUCUGACCAAACUGGCCUCAGUCCGAGUAAGAGCGCCGCAAACAGCAUCGGGCCGUCGACUGGCUCUAUCUCAAUAUGAGCGUAUUCAACGGCAGGCUUGGAAGAACACAGUCCAACC